CAGCUUGAAUUCCAGCUGGUCUCGCAGCUUUAAGACAAUUAUCUAAGUGCUUUUGGGCUGCCUUUGAUUGCAGAUCCAUCGGUUCUUAUCGAAACGAGUUGCCCACGCUAAUUGCCCCGCCCCACCACUGUACCUGAUUCGGUUAGGACUUUGAUUUCCAUUACGCCUUCCUCUCCGGCCUGUCUCCGGCCUGUCCAUGGCAUUUCCGUUUUACGCUUCAGUUAAGCCUGCUCCUUGAAUAAAAUAGAGGCACGGGAUGGAGGGCCCAAAGACUUAAUCUCAAAACAAAUCGAUUUCGGUGACUGUCUGCCAGCCCAAGUCCGUCUUGGGCUCUUCCAGGGUCUUUUUCGACACGAUUUAUUUCAUUAUUCCUGGCCGCUCUUCGCUCUUUCUUUUUGUAUUUCUGGCCAAGUCUGCCGAAGUUAAUCACCCAGACGAGACAAUUCAAUCGAUUUUUAAGAGAGUGCCUCGAAGAAAUCGAAAACUAAAGCUUUAAGUUUCAAAUCCAGUCUUUUCCGCCUCUACUUUUAUUUUCCCCUGGCCUCUUUUGUUAUUUAUUAGUUUGGUCUGCGCUGGACUCGGAUUCAAUUCAAUUUUCUUUACAACAUUUCAUCUUUGACAUGUUUUGUGAGACUCUCCGACCGUCCGACUGUCCAACUGUCUGUUUGUCAUUGUGUUUAUUCCAGGGACUGGCUCUUUUCUCCCGCUUCCUUCUUGAGGCCGUUGCCGUCUUCGUUUUUAAUAUCUUUUAAUCUCCAAUGUCAACAGCGGCUUACAUUUGAUUGCAAGACAACACACACAUCCACAUCCCCAUCGAGAUCCAGAGUCAGAGCCACAUCCACUUCGAUUGUGUGUAUUUUUUGUGAGAUCUUAUCAGGCUGUUGGGACUCGCAGACUCUCCUCUUGAGAACUGUCAGCUAAUUAAACGAUGCCAACUGGCAACAUGUGUUGAGUCGAAUCGGAAUCGCAGCCUUGGACUUGGACUACCCCACUUGAGCUGCUGGAGGCAGCCACCGAAUGUUCAACUUUCGAUCAGAAACCCCCCAAUCAGAUGAGAAACUCCCUACCUACUGCAACCUAUUCGAAAUGCCUGGCAGGAUCAUCAAUCAUCCAUCCAUCCUAACCCUAAAAGGCCUCACCGAGUCACCCAUUUUUUUCUCAAUUAUUUUGUCAGCACAUGUGUGAAGAGAAAACACAACCGCAGCUAAAAAAAAAGGAUAAUAAUAAUAAAAGUAAUGGAAAUAGAAAGCCAGGACCAGGACCAGAACCAGGGGCGGGGUAUAAACAAUUGCCAGUGAGUCGACGGAAAUCAGGGUGCAAGGAUAUUCGAGCAGGAACCUCUGGCGGGCAGAGCAAAUAAAAAAUAAAUGGCAAAAAAUGGAAGCGCAUUAAGCAAAAUCAAUAAAAAUUAACAUCGGGCUUAGGGGGGGAGGUCCUUUUUUGUUUCAUUUUUCACUUUGGGAGGGAGACACAAGCGUGUGAGCAGAUAAAUGGCCAGGAUCAGGACCAGAAGAAGAGCCUGCGACUGUUACGUGCCGGAACAUCCAUGUCUCAAAGGCCGCCGAUGAAGGCUGUCCAGAUGACAGCGAUCAGGCAGCGAAUCUGACACAAAGUCCAACACCGACGCCGAAAGGACAACCCGAGGGGAAGCCCCACGAAUAGAUAAUCCUCCAGGAGCCGAAGAUCGAGGCGUCAGAGGCGUCAGACCCCGAUAUCCAGAAACCUCACAGAUACCAACUCAAUGUGGAAAAUGCUGGAUGUGAUGGACCUCUCCGAAGCUGAGCACUUCAUGUUCGACUGCGACGACUGCUCGGGCACGCCCCUGGCCCCGCCACCCCAGUUCCUCAUCCCGCCACCCCCCCGGCCGCCAUCACUGGCCGAGUACACGGUGGUGCCGCAGGACUGCAACGAGGAGCAAAUGGCGCAGCAGCAGUGGGACAGCGACGUCUGCCAGGCGAUGCCGAUCUUGGACGCCAGCCUCUACAGCAGCCAGUCCCUGGCCACGUCCGCCAUGAUAGCCGUGUUCUCGCUGCUCUUGGUCUUGAUUGUUCUCUUCUCGUCGCUAUUCGUUUGGAAAAACAAACGGAAGGUGCAGAACCUGCUGCCCUGCAAGACGCCCACUCGCGGCCCCCUCAACGGAGCCAUGCCCCUGGGCGGCGGAACCCUGGGAUCUGCGCACCACCAUCACCACCACCACGGGAUGUACGAGGAUCCCGACGCGCACUUGGGCCAUCACAGGCCGCUGGUGAUGCACCGACAUCAUCAGUUGCCCCACCAUCAUCACCAUCACUAUCAGCAGCAUCACGCCGAGCUGCUCCAGGGCAAGAGCAUUCACUACCCCAGCGGCUAUCCCAUGACGCGUUCGCCACCGUUUUUGGUCAGCUCCUCGCCUGGACCCGAUCCCUAUCGCUCCAACGAUAAUGUCUACGAGGAACUGGGCCCGGGACGAGUCGAUUCCGAUGGCGAAUCGGAGCCCCCACUGCACUCUGACGACGACUUCGCCGAGGAUGAACUGUCACUUCCAGGCGAAUGCAGUUUCCAGAAGGAGGCCACCAACGUCCCAGCGGCGGCAGGUGCCACGCCUUACCACGAGAGGGCGGCAGUCGCAAGUGGCAACAGCAAUGUCGCUGCUGGAACCUCCAGCGCAGGUGCUUGUUCCAAUCUGCCGCAGACUACCCAGGAGCGACACAGUGUCCUGAGCAGCGGUUCCUCGUCGGGCCAGGAUGCCUCCACCGCAACAGCCUCAUCAGCCAGCAACAACAAUCACGAACUGGCCUCAGGCUCUGCGAGCAACCGACGCACUGCCCGCACCCGGCAACCCAGGGUCACCCAGAAUCAGGAUCUCAACAACAGCAGCUCCACCGCGGACAUCGCCGACCUGGCACCGCUCUACGACAACCGCAGCAAUCUCAUGUCCCUGGGCUACAUGGCUCGCUCCACUGCUCCCCAGUUCUAUAACACCCUGGAGCACGAAGUGGAGCGAAGGAAUCGGAUCAACGCCCAGUUGAGCAAGGCUCCGGCUCCGCCGCUUUCCACCAUCUACAGGGAAAGGAUACGGUAUCCCAGUACCACCCAGCAGUAUCCUACGAGUGCGGCCAGCGGCUUGAUGGCAGCCACCAUGAGGGCGAGAACCCAGCCGCGGAUGGUGGACCGUCGAUUGGCGGCUCAUCAGCAUCAGCACCACCGUAUCCAUGCCGCUCCCUUGCCCCAGGAACCGUCGUACGGCUAUGCGGAACCAAUGAUGUAUAAUGCCAACUACUACUACGAAAGUGCCGGAGCUGCCCGCCCCUAUGCCUCGACUUUGCUGCCCACUGCCGGAGAGUACAGACACCCCUAUGGUGACUCGAGCUUUGGCUCCGAUUCGGGCUACAGCCACCAUACGCCAGCCAGCUCGAUUGGGCGACAGGACUACGAUCUCGCCGAGCCUCAAAUGCCACACCAGACGCAGCCCAAGGCCAGCAAACUGAGUGCGGCCCUGAACUUCAGCUGGAACCGUGGCACCCGGGGCUCCAAGUCCACCGCUGGAAGUGGGGCGGUCGCCAAGAACUCGGUCAGCAGCAAUGCCGAGGCCACCAGCCCCAACAACAACAGCCCCGCCUGUUCCACCGUCGCAUCUCAGUUGGAAAACAACAAUGCAUCCGCCAACCUCUCACCGGCGUAGAUAUAAUAUAUCAAACUUGAACUAAAGUAAUAUCCUUAGUAACUCCGUGUAAAUAGGGCCCGUGUACAGUUAGUCAUAUCUAAGUGAACUAAAUAUCAAAAAUAUCCUGCGUGUACAUCGUCAAAGCAAUAGAUAUUUAACUACGCAUAAUUGAUCCAAACUUGAUCCAGAGAGCCCAAAGCAUCUUGAUACAUAGACUUAUCAAAGAGGGUUGCCAUACCACCAAGUUUUCGCUCUGUUUCAAAAGCAAAACUGGUCGCAAAGCAAAGAACUUAUAGAUCCUAAGUGUUUUUCCAAUGUGAUUGCCAAAUUCUACAAUAUAAUGCUAAACUAAACGUAAAACUAGGUUCUGUAACUAAUUUAAAGUGUAUUAUAAAAGUAUGUCCAUAAUGUAGUCUAAGUUAAAUAUUUUAAUUCUGUUUGUUAUUUUAGUUUUUAAGCGAAGCGGAUUUGAAGAAAAAUGAUUUAAAAAUGAGUUGGCCAGAGGGUCAUAAAAAUAUACCAAAAUAUCAAAAAACGAAACAAAUAAUUUGAAUUUAUUUUAUUUAGUUCUCCUUUUGUUUUUUUCAGUUUAGAAUUUAUUUAUAAAGCUUUCUAUUGGGCAUUACUAGAAAUUCUGUUGAAUUUACCCCCAAAAUUGUUGCCUACUUUUAGGAAACAGCGCUAUGUUAAGCCAUUAACAGAGCAAUGUUAAUAACAGCCCAGUUUGACAAGGACUUAAGAGAUUUCCACAAAAAUUAAUUAUUUUAGUUAUUUCAGCUACCUAAAUGCAUUUUAUGCCUUUUGCGAUCGAGAGGCUCAAUCAAGACUGUUUAAAUAUAAAAAAGAACAACAUAUUUUACUUAAUGCCGAAACAAUAAUAAACUGUAUAAACUAAACUCUAGUUGGUAAAGCUUUGUAAACUAAAACUUGAUGCGAAAUCCAAGCAAAAUGCGAAACGAAAAUCAGAAAAAACACCCAUUAGGUAUAUCGAGUGAACAAUUUAGCGGGCGCCCCCUGUCAAUGAACCCCGCGCCAAAAAUGAGACACUUCCUAGGUUGUAUCAGAAUUGUAAAUAGCAGACGGGGUUGCCUCCCACUGCCCCCUUAUAAUUAUCCAUUGAUAGCCUCCCCUACUUCCCCCGAUUUGCGUGUGAGGAAGCGAAAUGUUAAAUUUUCUUAUAUGAGCACAAUGCAAUGUAUCCUAUAAACCGUAGUCUAUACAUACAUAAGCAUACAUAUAGUACAUAUAGCAUACGGACCUGGCUCCCACGAUAUUCAUGUAUUAGUAGAGCCAGUCCCUAGUCAUCCCCUUCCAAGAGUAGAACCUUAAACGGAUAACAAAAUUAGCUUAGAUAACCUACUUCAGCCAUCAGCCAUAUGAUAUGCAAUAAUUGCUUUAGAUCAAGAUUAAGUCGUUGUGAUUUUUGGAAAAGCCCCCCUAUGAAUAUAUAAUAUGGUAUGAAACAGACCCAGAAAACAAAAUGCAGUAGCACAAUCAUCGAGCGAGUGAAAACUAAAAAUGAUAGCAGCUUACAAGGACUAAUCCUAAUCAUUAACUAGAUAUAUGAUUCUUAACUUAUGCUUUGAAACGCAACCUCUUUCUCUUCAACUGUCCACUUUAUUUGUUUUCAACAAUUUUAGUUUGAAUCGUACAUAUCAGCGAUCGUAUUUAUGUAAUAUAGCACACCUGGUUUCUAAUACUAUCAAUAUCAGUACAAAAACUAUAUGAAAUACAACAAACUUUUAUCCUAAACUUCAAUCCAACUCGAUAAGAACUUUUUCUCCAUCGCAAGUUGUACAUACGGACAAGUCAAUAAGAAAUUUUUGCUGUAGUUCUUCCAAACGAUAAAAAAAAAUCUUAAACUAAAACGAAAUUAUUAAAUCGUAAAUGUAUAUUGUUAAAAAUGGUCUCUAGAAACUUGUGUUUUGAAUUGUAUGUAAAUAAAUUGUUUUCCUGUUAGUUUACUGAUAACUUUUGGAUAGCAUAUCACGGCAAUGACUCUUUGUAAGGAUCUUUCGUAUACCGACUAAAUAAUUUUCUAUAACUGCUUAGAUUUUAUAUGUAGGGAAUGUGGAGACGAUCUUUUCAAUUGUGUGCAGCGAUAGAAAGCAAAAAAAUAAAGCGAUUUAAUCGAAUUUAUAAUGUUUAAUGGCAGUUAAUCGAAGUAAACAGACGUCCCAAUGGGGAAAAAACGAAAAACAUCAAUAUGAAUAUCAAUUAAAUUAACUAAAUGAUUAACAAUUAAUUACGCCCCAACAAAUAGUUAGUUUAUAAAUUUUUUGUAAAACCAAUUAAACAGUUAGUUUCACCUUUUUCUAUAAGCAGAUAUGGAUAAUAAUUAAAAGAAGGAGAUGGAAAAAACAUAAAUCAAAUUAUGAA